AUGAUACCAUCAUCAUCAGCAGCAGCAGUAUCGUCGUCAUCAUCAACAUUAUUAUCAACCAAUUUCAAUCAAGAAACCCCAACAGAUUUAAAUCAUUCAAAUAACCAUUUUUCAAUUGGUAAUAAUAAAUUCACUGAUGAUUUAGAAAAACUAUCAUUUCAGUGUUCAAUUAAUCAUCAUCAUCAUGAUAAUAAUAACAAAGACGGGGAUCAUUGUUUAAUAUCCUCCUCCUCCUCAUCAUCAUCAUCAUCGUCGUCGUCGUCGUGCUCGUCAUCAUCAUCAUCAUCAUCCAUAAUAACGACAUCAAAUAAGAAAUAUAAUACAAAAUUAAUAUAUUUUCAAACAGAACCUAAUUGUGUACAUGUUUUAGAUUUAACAAAAUUAAGUAAUGCUUUAGGAGAUUUAAGUACAGAAGAUUUACCUAUCAAUACUACUACUAAUACUACUGAUAAUAUUAAUAAUAAUAAUAAUAGUAUUAGUAAUAGUAAUAAUCAUAAUAAUAUUGGGAUAAUUCAUUCUAAAAUUGUAAAUCAUCAUCAUCAUCAUAGUAAUAAACAAGUUGCUUAUCCAAUAUUAAAAUAUCUUGAUGCUUAUAUAUCUCAAUUAAGUAGUUUCUUAGCUCAUCAUCCAUUAUUAUUAAGUGCAUAUAUGGCAUUAAAAUUAACUGAUCCAAUAUUAAUAAAAAAUGAAGAAAUUUCUGAUCAAAUUAUAAAUGAUCAUCAUUUAAAUCAUAUACAAUAUGAAUGGAAUAUAAUUAAAAUUAAACGUAAUCAACGUUUACAACGUUUACAUGAACAUUUUUUAAAUUUAUUUCAUGAAGCAAUUGAUAUUGUUGCUAUGGAAACAACACAAUUAAAUAUUGAUUUACAAUUGAAUGAUCAUAAUCAUAAUCAAUAUAUCAAUAAUAAUAAUAAUAAUAAUACAUUUAUAUCACAAGAGAAAAUUGCUGCAAAUUCACGACGUAUUAUGUAACAGAAUUUUUAGAAUGGAGUCGUGAAUUUGAUGCUACAUGGCAUCAUUUUCAAUAUGAUAUAUGGAAACAAGCUAGAAUGAAACAAAAUAUAGAAUUAUAUAAUAAUAAUAAUAAUAAUAAUAAUAAUAAUGAAAAUUAUGAAUAUAAAAUAUCAAAAGGAUUAAAUGGAUUAUUUAAUAAAGAAUUAAAAUUGAAUGAAAACGAUUUAUUCAGUAUAUUAUGGGAUGCUAAAAAUGAACAAUCAUUCACUAUGUAGUAGCAUAUUGAUGCUAAUGAUGAUGCGAUGAUGAUGAUGUCGAUGAUGAUGAUGAUGUGAAUGAAAUUUCGUGAUAUUUACUUCAUGUGAUCAUUAAAAUGUCUUCCAACAUUGAUUUAUUUUCAUUUAAACAAAAAAAAAAAGAGAAUUCCUUAUCUUAAUCUACUCUAAUAUAAAACAAUAUUCUGCUGAAUAAUUGUGACGUUUGGAGAAUCAGAGAAGUAUACACUCACACACACACAAACACACGCACGCACGCAUACACGCAUACACAUAUAUACCUACAGAGAGAGACAGAGAGAGAGAGAGAGAGGGAAAGACAUAAGAAGGAGACUAAAGCUUGAGAAAGAAUCCCUAACAUAAUUGUACAGAUAAACAAUCUUAAUCGUAUAUCCUUGUAUAAUUUAGAACAGAACAACAACUAAACAUGAUCCAAAUAAAGAUAUUCCUUCUUUUUUUUUCUCUUCACAUUCACAUAGAUAGAUCACCGCAAAUACAGUAAAGACAUGUAAUGAUGAUAAUAAUAAUAAUGAUACGUUGCAAUUUACAAAUUCACUAUUUUCAUUACACAAACUAUUUAAACAAGAAUACAGAAAUCGUUUUUUUUUUAAAAAUUUCUCCCGCCUUUUUUUCGUUUCUAUUUGUACUCACGUGUGUACGCAUAUGCGCGCACACACACACACAUACUCACACUCACAUACAAUAAUUAAAUAAUUCAUGAAUAGUAAUUGUAUGAUAUAGUGAAUCGUGUUCUUUCUAUUAAUUGCUCAAUGGAAACUAAUGUGUUUUGGUUUUGUUGGUAAGUCUGUUUUGUUUUUGUUUCUCUUUUCUUCAGUAGUAUAUAUUGUAUUUACUUUAUAUUAAUAUUGAUCUGUCAUUGUCUGUUUGCAUUUUGUUUGAGUCAAAAGUCUUCUAUUUCCGUUUUGGUUUUCUUUCUUUUUCUUCUUUAACACAGUUACCUGGUUAGUUCGAAUUUCCUUUUUUUUUUCUUUCCAAUAUGUAUUCCUUUAAAUCUUUUAGAUCUAUCAAAGUGCCUUCAAUAGUUUGUCAGAUUAUCAUUUUCUUUUUUAUCUUCUUCUUGUUUUUUGCAUUUUAUUCUUAAGUUAUAACAAUACAGUGUUGUUUUUGUUUUGAUUAUGAUCAUUUCUUCUAUCUAUUUUCUUAAAUGAAUCUUUAUAUAAUAGAUAAAGAUAGUCACCAUGGUUACAAUCAUUUUAAGCGUGUCUCUAUUCAAACAUAAUGUACAUGCUUAAAAAAAAAGCCAAUAGUAUUCAAUUCAUUUAAUGUUAAUAAGAAAUUUCGAAUUACAUUAUUUGUAAUUCUAUAAGGAUGUUUGUCUAACUGGGGAUUGUUUUUUUUUUUUUUUGAGGAAAGUAACGAUUACAUCAUAUUUUUCUGAUAUCAGUAUUAAGUGCCCCUCUGACGUCUAGGUACAUAUAUA